CCUACGUUGUCCAUCGAAUUUCCACGUACACAAACCAACACAAACCUGACCGUUGUCACCACCCACACAAAUCUGACCAUCAUUAUCCAACAACACAAACCGUCUGUGAAAAAACUUCACAACAGCCUUCAAACACCAGCUCCCUUGAUCUGAACACUCACAUUCCGCGAUCCUCUCCACAUUCACAAUGCCUCCCAAGACAACCGUCAGCCCCGAUGCCUUCCUAGCCGCGUGCAUCAAACAUGCCAAAGAAAAGGUCGUGGUUAACUUCGAUGCCCUUGCCCAAGAAGUGGGAAUGAGCUCUGGUGGAGCAGCCAACAAAUAUCGCCUCAUGAUGAAACAGCUGGAGGAACAGGGUGCUGCUUGGGCUUCCAACAAGGAUGUCGAUGGCUCUGAUGCUUCUCCUUCAGCUAAGCCUAAGCCUGCUAGGAAGCGAAAGGCGGCUCCUGCCACUGCUGCUGUCAAGGAAAACGGCAGUGAUGACGAGAAAGCUGCCACCAGCGGUUCAGAGGACACCAAAGCUCCAAAGAAGAAGGCCAAGACUACCACCAACGCCGCUGCCACUGCUCCAAAGAAGGCUAGGAAAGAGGCCGUUCCAAAGACAGAGCCAACGACAGAGCCAAAGCCCGAGCCAGAGGCCGUCAAGAACGAGUCGCCGUCCGAAGAUCUGUCUCACUCUUCCGAGGUUGAGGCCAAGGACCAGAGUGACUUUGUUCCCAAGGAGGAAUGAAUGCCUCGACUGGAGGUGCAAGGUCAAUCCCGAGAUCGAUAAUCGUGGUUUACGAGAACGAGACUUGGAGUUUAGCUAUCCAAGCUGAGUUGAAGCUACGGCGAGAGCUUUCAACAUGUGCACGCUACGAGUUGGACACUGGCAAUCAGAGAGCGCUUGACAUAUGACAACGAAUUCUCGCGAUCGAUGCGGUGGUAUUCCAGGUAGCAUCCUUUAGAAACGCAAAUCGGCCUCCAUGACAGGAUCUUAAUCUGUCUUCCUACGGCCCUCGU